AUGAACCAAUCGCAGCAAGACAAUCUUUCCCCAUGUGUGCUCGACCGCGUCGAAGUGAAAUAUGACGAGUUGCCCGACUUGCGCGACGAGCUGAUAAUCAAAGACCGAACAUAUCGUCAGCAAUAUGCCAACAUGUAUUAUGUUAGACUUAUGCAGUUGAGGGCAACUGUCUUUGAAAUAGCGCGGGCCAAGUGGGAGAAUUUCAUGGAUGAUGGUGACCAACCAUACCAUGUCGAUAAAAUUCUCGACGUAAAACCUGGACAACGAUCAUCUGUCACAACCUCACCUCGUGAUAAGUAUUGCAGCGAAGAAGACGUGAUUAAUAUCGAAGAUGAGUCAGGAAGGGUUAGGCUUGUCGGUGAUAUAAUCAAAGAGUGGGUCUGGGUAACGGGUCUUGUUGUUGCUGUUCUUGGACGGGAGAAUUCAGUGGGAGCAUUUGAAGUCAUGGAUAUUUGUCUUCCUGGACUACCUCCGCAGCCACCAUCAAAACUGAUGGAAACUGAUGAUUCUGGUCCGAGAUAUGUUGCACUGUUGAGUGGAAUGAACCUCGAUAAAGACAGUUCACUAUCCCUAAAAUCGCAAAUGUUGAUAGAUUACCUAACUGGAGAGUUGGGAACCGUUACGGAUCAAACAUUUAGUUCCAAAGUAUCUCGUCUCAUAAUUGCUGGAAACGCGUUAAAAGAAGGUCAAAUAAUUGACGAUACAAACAGAACGAGAAAAUCUGGUAACACUUCAGGUUAUGACAACGAGCCAAUACAAGAACUUGAUAAUAUUCUAGAAACGCUCUCUUCAACGUUAUCUGUUGAUCUAAUGCCUGGAAACAAUGAUCCUGCAAGCUUUACUUUACCACAACAACCCAUCCACAAAAAUUUAUUUCCAAAAGCAGCAAAAUACCCGACAUUCUCUAAUGUAACCAAUCCUUAUUGGGGCGACAUUGAUGGAAUAGUGUUCCUUGGAACUUCGGGUCAAACCAUAGAUGAUUUAUACAAAUACGUACACGGUCACAACAGGCUUGAAAUUACGGAAAAAACUUUAUACUGGAGACACAUCGCUCCGACCGCGCCGGAUACUCUCUGGUGUUAUCCGUUUAUUGAACUUGACCCGUUUGUUUUAACAAGGCUGCCACAUGUCUAUUUCAUUGGAAAUCAAAAAGAGUAUGCAACAAGUCUAGUUGAAGGACCUGACGGCCGAAAAACGAGGAUAAUUUUGUUGCCAUCAUUUGCUGAAACAGGAACAAUCGUGUUGGUAAACCUAAGCACACUAGAAUGCCAACCAAUGUCUUUUAGUACUGAUAUUACUAGUCAUAUGCAAUAA